AUGGUGUUGCUCAACGAACGCGGAAGUGAGGAAUUUGUCAAGGCCCGCGAUGAGGAAAGAGAGCGUCUGCGUGCAUCUGGAGCCUUCAUCGCUACCAAGCAGUCGGAAGAUUCGACCGUGGACAUUUCCGCUACCUCGUCCAGAUUCGAGACUGGAUGGACGCCUUCCGCAUCUACGUCGACCGAUGAGCUACGCGUCGCUAACAACAGCGAAGAUGAUGGCUUUGAGAAGGUCGCAGCAGAAGAGGCUGAACCGGCUGAGCCAAAAUCGCUCGGGAAGCGGGAUGAUCUGGUCGAUGAGCCGCUGUCACCAGUCCGAGCUCAUCACGAAUUAUCUGCAGACACACCUGCAUCACCGACGCAAGGUCUUUCGAAACAAGUCAGAAGACUGAGCCUCGAAGAUGCCACCGUCACCUCGACCUCCCCUCAGGCUUCUACAGCUUCACCAAUAUCGCCUCACCCGGAAGAUAAACCUGCACCACUGUUUGCCAGUAAGGAUCCAAACAAGACACCAACUCCAAGCAGUCCAGAGCCACCUCCUACGCCUCCCAGUCCGCUGUCUACGAAGAAUAGCAACGUCCUCACUAGUAGCCAGGUCGAAGGCGAAAACACACAAAUUGCUGAAGACUCCACCAUGCACGGCGAUCAAAGCGUUGUCAGUGAUGACAAGCCCGUCGUGGGCGACUAUCUGAAGAUCAUGUUCGUCGAGAACCAGGUUGUCCCGACAAUAUUGAGCUUCUUCUUCCGCUUCCCGUGGAACAACUUCUUGCACAACGUGGUGUAUGAUGUGGUUCAGCAAGUCUUCAACGGGCCUAUGGAUCGAGGGUACAACAGAAGCCUAGCAUUUGACCUGUUCGAGACCGGUCGCAUAACUGAGCAGAUCAUAGAGGGUCAGCGACGUAGCGAUGAAGCUCAACAGACCAAGAACAUGCGUCUGGGCUAUAUGGGACAUCUGACCUUGGUCGCCGAGGAAGUGGUCAAGUUCGGUGAACGUCAGCCGAGAGAGCAGCUGUCUCCGAUGGUGCAAGAUUGCAUCUAUGGCAAAGACUGGGAGGAAUACGUUACCAAGACGCUGGCUGAGACACGCGAGAGAGAUAACGCCAUUCUCGGUGGCUUCCGUCCAGAAAAUGGACUUGGACCACGGCAGGCAGUCCUCAAUGCAGUUAACUCCGGCGGCCUUGGUGCUUCUACGGCGCUACAAAAUGCUGGUCUCGGCGGUGGUCAAGCUCUUGACAGUGUUGAGCUCCAGAACCAGCAGCUGAAUCAUACUGGCGGUGGUGCAUUUAGUGGAGGCUCAAUGAGUGGCUUCGGCUCAUCAUCGGACGAUGAUGAUGAGGACAUGGAGGAAGGCGAGGACGAAGAGGCGAGCCGCAUGGCUGCAGUACCAGAAGAUCCGAACGCUCCAGUACCGCUCAUCCCUCCACCACCAGCACCUCUGAACAUUGAGCCAUCACGUGCUCGACGUCGACUGGCAGACCGACUUGCUCGCAAGCAGGAAGAGCAGCAAGAGGCCGCCGCUUCAGAAUUCGGCGCAGAAAACGACGACCCUUUCUCAUCACUUCACGACAAUGACGAGCAAGAUGGCAAUGAUCCGUUUUCCCUGGACGAAGAAGAGCAAGAUAUCACCACCUUUGGCAAGCGAAGCAACAGCAAUAACCCCUUCAGUAAUUCCUCCACUAACGCACAUGGCUUCUCGGCUUCCAGAGGUCUGAACAGCCUCUUCUCCGCUGGUAGCGGUGGCAAGACCCGUGGUGGCUUUGAUGACCUUGACGACUCCUCCUCCGACUCCAACUCUGAUCCGGACGGCGAGACCCCACCUCUUGAAGCGCGCACCAGCCUUGAGCGCCGGCCGCUGGACAUCGACGAUGACGACGACGAGAUGGGCGAGAUGGUCGCUCCCACUGAGGAGGGCCCUAACAGCAGUGAUGAAGAAGAGGAGAUGAUGAGUGCGGCAGAUCGAGAAAAGCUGGGCAACCCAUACGGCAGGAGUCCUGAGGAGGAGCCGGUGUCGGAGUUCGAUGGCCAAGAGGACCAGGACGAUGUCAUUGAGAUCUCGAUGCCAACCAGCUCGAGACGGCGGUCAAGAGGCGCAUAG